AUGGGCCUCCAGACACGUCAGGUGAUGGCGCCGGGCCUUGAUUCCAGACCGAACGUGGACGACUUUCGGGAAAACAGUCCCUGGGUGCAGUUGGCGAAAUCCCACUGGCUGGAGGGCUCCAAAACCCGCAAAGUCAAGCAGGAUGUCAUAAAAAAGGAGAUCUGGGAUCCCCUCGAGGCUGAAAAGUUCGCCUUUCGCUCGCUUCUCACCCUGGAGAACCUGAACAUCUUGGAAAAGUAUCUUUGGCCGACCUACACUGAAGAUGCGUCGAAUUACCAUGUGUUGUUGCUCGUCUUGAUUGUGAGUGUCAAGCAACGCGAACACUUACCGAUCUGGGAGGUCUUCUCCGAUCGCCCGGACGAUUUCUCGAACCUUUUCCAUCGAAUCCUCUCGAUGAGCAUCGACCCCUCCCUCGAUGCGUCCCCACGACUAUCCAUCAUCUCCUUUAUCAUCAGUGCUUUCCAAUCCGUCGAAAAUACCUUGAUCCGCAAAGAGUGCGCACCGCUCGUUUCUAUCUCCAUCUGGCACAACCUCUCCAGCGAAGGGGCAAGAGAUUCCUUAUUAGCAAAAAGUCCGGGGUUGAAAAAGGCAUGGCGAGCUGCAGCCAAACGGUACGAUGCGGGAGAUGAAGCUGCCAAGGCGAAGAUUCGCUUCGAGAGGUCAUGGCUGUACACGAUGUUCUUGGAUUUCCUCCGCAGAUUGAACAGCGCCGAGAAAGACCAGACACAGAACCUGAGAUACUGUGAGCGAUUCCUCGAGUUCCUCGUCGAUCUAGAAAGCCAGCCCCCCACCCGGCGCUACGUCAACACGCUUUUGAAGGACCUUAAUUUGCUAGCGGUUCUCCGUCUGUCGCAGCUCUACCGCUCACCCGACAAUGCGCUCUUCCGUGACCUCAGUGGUCUGCUCAAGCACUUUGCAUCGUUCGCCAUUGAUGACUUCACAGGAGAAGCUCUAUCGCCUCAGUCAGUCUACGAUGUCCAUUGCCAAGAGCUGGCACGUUUGCAGAGGACUUCCAUGAAAUACUUCAAGGACAAGCUUAUGAUCCUGGCCCUGUCCAACUACGGUUCUAUUGAGCAACGCUCGGAGUUGGAAGGUCAAUUGGCAUCUUUGCAGGAGGACGAACUGCAGAAGCUCUGCAGCCAUCUUGGAUUCCGCAUUGAGUACCCUAAACAGUCGCAAGUCACACCCGACCGCCAACUGUACAUGGAGAUCCUCCUCUCAUUCUACGAACGGAAGCCAACCUUUCAAGAAGCUGCAUCGCAGCUCAGCAUUGUCCCCACGGAGGUAGAUCUCUAUGAUCCUGCAUUGCUGCGCAAUGAGAAUUACGAUGGGUCUACCCCGCUAGCUAUUCCCAAAUUGAACCUACAAUACCUCAGCACUGGCGACUUCCUUUGGCGUUCAUUCCUCCUAUACCGCUCCGAGGCUUUCUUCCAGAUCCGGAAAGAUAUGGAGUCAGUCAUCAAGCGGAUGCAGCCCCGCGCAAGUCGUGAUGGUAAGACUGUGACAUUUGAUGGUUUCUCGAGGAUGGCUAUCCCGAUUACGAAGCCCGCUAUAAUUGAAGUCGCUCCUCCCAAGGUCGGUUCCGCCAAGCCUGCUUUUGUCAGGGCUGAAAUCGCCAUCGAGGUGGGCAGGUUAGCAGACCACAUUCGUAGGGAAUGGGACUCUCUGCGUCCAGAUGAUGUCAUUUUCCUCUUGGCCGUGCAGUCGGAUGGUGCCGCGAAGUCUGGACUUCGCGAGUCUGAAGCUCCCGGGCUGACACACCUUCGAACCGCAGAGAUAGUUCAGGUGCUAGACGAAAAUGGUCGUCCCUUACGAGAUUUCUCUUCCGGCCAGUCGAAUGGCUACAAACACAAACCUCGUGUCCGGAAGCUGUUGGUCAAUCUGGACCCCGCUGCUUUCAAGGCAGACAGAGACGCACUUGCCCGAGGAAAGCUGGAUAUUUAUUCGUCAAUCAACGUGGUUGCCCGGAGGAAGGGAAGAGAAAACAACUUUAAAUCGAUCCUCGAUACUAUGCAGAAAUUGAUCGUCUCCGACAUCGCUCUGCCUUCCUGGAUUCAGGAUAUUUUCUUGGGCUAUGGGGAUCCGGCCGGAGCUCGAUACACCGAAUUGCCCAAUCGACUUAAGUCGGUCGAUUUCCGAGACACAUUUUUGGACUGGCAACAUCUGAUUGAAAGCUUCCCCGGAAGGACCAUCGAGCCCUCGACCAGCGAGACCUCCAGUUUCGGUCCUCCGUAUGUAUUGGAAUAUGUUGAAGAACCUUCUCAGACCCCGUCAGCGGGCACCAAGAGGCGACGCAAAGAUCAGUCGGAAAAGGCAUCAGGUCCCAAGUCACUGCGCGUUUCGACAUACAAACCGCCACACCCAGGCCCCUAUCCGAUUGAUGCCCCCAAAUUGAACACAGUGCGCUUCACUCCGGCGCAGGUUGAGGCUAUCACGUCAGGGACCCAACCUGGGUUGACUGUCAUUGUCGGCCCUCCUGGCACUGGCAAGACUGAUGUCGCCACGCAAAUCAUCAACAACAUCUACCACGACUUCCCUAAUGAGCGUACACUCCUGAUCGCGCACAGCAAUCAAGCACUGAACCAGCUCUUCCAGAAGAUUGUGGCUCUUGACAUUGACGAACGUCAUCUUCUCCGUCUUGGUCAUGGUGAGGAAGAGCUAGAAACCGACUCAAACUACAGCAAGUACGGCCGAGUUGAGUCGUUUCUUGAAAACCGCAAUUUCUUCCUCAGUGAGGUCACUCGAUUGGCUGCAUCAAUCGGAGCUCAAGGGGCCCAUGGGAACUCCUGCGAAACUGCUGGUUAUUUCAACACAGUCUACAUUCAGCCUGCUUGGGCCAAGUUCUGGGAUCACGCGCGUGCCGAGGAUGUUUCCAACGAGGAAGUCGUCGCAGCUUUCCCUUUCCAUGACUAUUUCUCGAAUGCACCGCAGCCCGUCUUCGAACCUACCGCACCAAAAGAGACUAUACUCGAUGUAGCGAAGGGCUGCCAGCGGCACAUCGAUAAGAUCUUCUCUGAGCUGGAAGAUAUCCGGCCGUUUGAGAUUCUACGUCAGCAGAAGGACAAGGCCAACUAUCUUCUUGUGAAGGAAGCGCGGAUCAUUGCCAUGACAUCGACGCAUGCAGCGAUGCGCCGUCAAGAGAUUGCUGAUCUAGGAUUCCACUACGACAAUGUCAUCAUGGAAGAAGCCGCACAAAUUACAGAGAUUGAAUGUUUCAUUCCCACUGCGCUGCAGAACAUGAAGAAUGGCGAACUUCCUCUUAAGCGCGUGGUUCUUUGUGGUGAUCAUUUACAAAACUCGCCCAUUAUUCAAAACAUGGCCUUCCGGCAAUACGCACAUUUUGAACAGAGUCUUUUCCUGCGGCUGGUGAGACUGGGUGUUCCUGUUAUCACACUCGAUCAGCAGGGCCGUUCCAGACCGAGCAUUGCGGAGCUCUUCCAAUGGCGCUACAAACAGCUUGGGAACCUUCCCACUGUCGAGACGGUGGAAGAGUACAAACGGGCAAAUGCCGGUUUCCAAUUUGACUACCAAUUCAUCAACGUCCCCGACUAUCAAGGCAACGGGGAGCGAGAACCCACGCCACAUUUCAUCCAGAACCUGGGUGAGGCUGAAUAUGCCGUCGCCAUCUAUCAAUACAUGCGUCUUCUUGGAUAUCCUGCGUCGAAGAUCUCGAUCCUUGCAACGUACGCCGGUCAAACGGCCUUGAUCAAGGAUGUCUUGAGCCACCGCUGUGCCAAGAACGGAUUGUUCGGCAUGCCUAAGAUUGUUACUACUGUCGACAAAUACCAAGGUGAACAGAACGACUACGUCAUUCUUUCCCUUACGCGGACGCGUACCGUGGGGUAUCUCCGCGAUGUCCGUCGUCUGACCGUUGCGCUCUCUCGCGCCCGGCUGGGACUAUACAUCCUCGGUCGCCGUGAAGUAUUCGAAUCAUGUUACGAGCUGAAGCCGGCGUUCGACCUUCUGUUCCAGCGUCCGGAUAAGCUCAUGCUUGCACCGGGGGAGAUGUUCCCUUCUGCCCGCUCGCAGGAUGACGAAGUUCAAGGCACUCCAAUGGAGAGCGUCGAGCAUCUCGGGCAGUACGUGUUCGAAAUGACCCAGGCCAAGCUCAAGGCAAUGGGCGAAGACAACAUUGCUAUCGACAAUGAUGUGCAGGUCGCCGACGAGGAUCAGGUGGUCGACGAAGAUGAGGUCAUGAUGGGUACCGGCGAAGACAUGGAUGACGACCCUCUGCACGAACAUACCCUUACUGGCGUUUGA